GGGGCGGCCCUCCGCCCACGUGGUGCGGCUCGCACGGCCAUAUUUGUGCGGGGCUGCUCUUCCGCCCGAGCUGCACCGGAGAUUCCGCAGGGGCCCGCUAGUGAUGGAGCGGUGGGCCCGUUCCCAGGUUGGGCUGUGCCUGCUAUUGCUACUUCUGUCUCCAGUUCCGGGCCGCCACAAAGAGCCAGGUUCAAAAUGGAAAGUACUUAUUGACCAAAUAAACAGGUCUUUGGAGAAUUAUGAACCAUGUUUAAGUCAAAACUGCAGCUGCUACCAUGGUGUCAUAGAAGAGGAUCUGACUCCUUUCCGAGGAGGUAUCUCAAGGAAGAUGAUGGCAGAGGUAGUCAGACGGAAGCUAGGAACUCACUAUCAGAUCAUUAAGAAUAGAUUAUACCGAGAAAAUGACUGCAUGUUUCCCUCAAGGUGUAGUGGUGUUGAACAUUUUAUUUUGGAAGUUAUCGGGCACCUCCCUGACAUGGAGAUGGUGAUCAAUGUACGAGAUUAUCCUCAGGUUCCUAAGUGGAUGGAGCCUGCUAUUCCAGUCUUCUCCUUUAGUAAGACAUCAGAGUACCAUGAUAUUAUGUAUCCUGCUUGGACUUUUUGGGAAGGAGGACCUGCCGUUUGGCCAAUUUAUCCUACAGGUCUUGGACGGUGGGAUCUCUUCAGAGAAGAUCUGGUAAGGUCAGCAGCACAGUGGCCAUGGAAAAAGAAAAAUUCCACUGCGUAUUUCCGAGGAUCAAGGACAAGUCCAGAACGAGAUCCUCUCAUUCUCCUAUCUCGGAAAAAUCCAAAACUUAUUGAUGCAGAGUACACCAAAAACCAGGCCUGGAAAUCUAUGAAAGACACCUUGGGAAAGCCAGCCGCUAAGGAUGUCCAUCUUGUGGAUCACUGCAAAUACAAGUACCUAUUUAAUUUUCGAGGUGUAGCUGCAAGUUUCCGGUUCAAGCACCUUUUCCUGUGUGGUUCACUUGUUUUCCAUGUUGGUGAUGAGUGGCUGGAAUUCUUCUAUCCACAACUGAAGCCGUGGGUUCACUAUAUCCCAGUCAAAACAGAUCUCUCCAAUGUCCAGGAGCUGUUGCAGUUUGUAAAAGCAAAUGACGACAUAGCUCAAGAAAUUGCUGAAAGGGGAAGCCAGUUUAUCAUGAACCACUUGCAAAUGGAUGACAUCACCUGUUACUGGGAGAGCCUGUUGACUGAAUACUCUAAAUUCCUGUCCUAUAAUGUAACAAGAAGGAAAAGCUAUGAUCAGAUUAUUCCCAAAAGUUUGAAAACUGAACUCUGACAGUCAUUCAUUGGACCAUAGUCCUCUCUAUGGCAGCAGAUCUCAGCUAUCCUGUGGUGGGAAGCUUAAUGAGUGUGUCACCUAUACCUUGAAUAACAUUAUCCAGCCAAAUAUCUGGUUUUCCUUAUCAUGCUGCACCCCGAACAACUCUCAAGAAAGAUCCAAAAUGUGUAAGAUGAAGCAGCUCAGCGCUUUGGCUGAAUAAGAACCAGAAAUCAUGAGAUGUGGGUUUUGAACCCGAUUCUAAUGUUCAUUUUCUUAGGACUGAUCACAGCUUGUAGACAUACAUCCACAUAUGUAUGUCCAUCACUGUGAAACUGACUGUGUCCAUGGGAUGAUGUCCUUUGUCCCAUUGUUUCAAGCAGAAAAUCGGUCAUUUGGAACUAGUACAACUCAUCACAGCAAUCCUGCAGUUAUUUUAGGCUUGAUCUUUGUUGCUAUAUUUUAAUGUAGGAAGCCCUAUAGAGUUUGUGAAAAAUAUUUGAGGAUCAUUUCCUGAAAGGUCUAAGGAAGCAGUGGUUGUGCCAUGCAAUGACAUAGGAGUUCUCUUUUGUAAAAGAUAAACUCUUUGGUACUCAGGAGGUUUAUAUAAUGCCACAUAGAAAGAAGCCAAUUGCAUGAGUAAUUAUUGCAAUUGGAUCUCAAGUUCCCUUUUUGUGCCUUCACACCCAUCUUUUUAUGGUCUCAAAAAAAA